AUGGCCCGGCCUACGCAUGCCCUGAAAACGACGGCGCGUCAAGACCGCGAGACACGACCAUUCUCGACUAUCUGCCCAGACUCCCUUGACAUGCCUUCGGCAAAUAAUCCUCCAGCUAACGGCAACGGUGCACCCGACGCCCACCAUGGGCAAAAGCUCAAGAUUGUGAUUGUGGGGGCAGGUAUCGCAGGCUUAUCGUUAGCUGGACUCUUAGGACGCUCUGGACACCAUGUGGUCGUCCUCGAAGGAGCCCCAGCGAUCGCCGAAGUGGGAGCUGGAAUCACCUGCUCUCCGAACCAGACUCGUCUUUUGACUCGAUGGGGGCUCGACGGCCGCCUCCGCAAGCACACUGACACGCUGUCAAACAUCAUCUUGAGACGGUGGGAGCACGGCGAAAUCUUGGGCAAGGCGCCGCUCAUGCCCCAGGUGGAGCAGAAACACGGAGCACCUCAUUACGUGAUUCACCGUGCGGACCUCCACGGUGCACUGAUGGACGACGCCGAGACAGUUGCCGAGAUUCGAGUCAACAGUAUGGUUGUCUCGAUCGACUUUGAGAAGCCCUCAGUGACCCUGCAGGACGGUACAGUGGUCGAGGCAGACCUGAUUGUGGGUGCAGAUGGAAUGAAAUCGACCUGCCGGAGGAUCAUGUACGAGAAGCUAGGCCUCGUCGAUAAGCCUACCCCUACUGGGGACGCCGCUUUUCGUGCUUGUAUCCCGGUCGAAAGAGUCACAGACCCCGAAUUGCUUGACUUUGUGACCAAGCCCCUAGCGACGAGGUGGAUGGGUGGUGGCUGUCAUAUCCAAGGCUACCCCAUCCGACACGGGCGUUUCUACAACCUUGUCAUGUGCCACCCUGAUCCUGGCUUCACCGAGGAAUCCUGGACCACAAAGGCAUCCAAGCAAGAUAUCCUCGACCAGUUCGGUUCGUGGGAUCCGCAAUACCUACGCAAAUUAGUGGACCUCAUUCCAGAGGACAAUGUCCUGGUGUGGCAUCUCUGCGUCCACGAUCCCCUACCCACGUGGGUGAUGGGUAAGGUGGUCCUGGUAGGCGAUGCGUGUCACCCCAUGCUACCAUAUGUGGCGCAAGGAGGGGCGCAAGGUCUCGAAGACGUGGCAGUCCUCCAUCUCGCGCUGGAUCAAGUCCCAACGGCAGAUGACCUGCCCGUGUACUUGAAGGCGUAUGAAUAUGCGCGCAAACCCAGAGCCGAGCACAUCAUGAGCAUCGCCGGGGUCAAUCGAGAUGUCCUACAUCUGCCCGACGGGCCAGAGCAACAAGAGAGGGAUCGAAAGUUUGCCGCUGUCGCACAAGGAGGCGAGAACCCUGACCUUCUUGGCCACGCAGAGGUGCAGCGAUACUUGUGGGGUUAUGAUCCCGAGAAGGAGUAUCUCGACCAUGCUGGAUCACUCCUCGAGCAAGCCCGCAACUAUGUUCGAAAGCAGCAACAGGUAGCUUCCAAUUCUUAA